CCCCGGUGAGAGGGCGGAAAGGGUGACGUCAGUAGAGGCGUGUGCUUUGCGUCACGGAUUCGCUCCCGCCCUCAUCUCCCGUGGGACCGGCUGGUGAGGUGAGGAGGAUGCAGCGUCCAGUUCGGCCGUCCUAGCGCCUUUCCACUUCCUUUCUGUCCUGUCCCUGGUGCCGGCCUCCCCAUGACUCCGCUGUGAGUGGCCCUGCAGCAUAGGGGGAGGCCUCCGCAGGGAAGGAGGAGAGUGGGGCCGCUCGGAGUACCCAGUGUCUCCUGGCUCUGGUACCAUGGGGAAUACAGUCACCUGUUGUGUGUCUCCGGACGCCAGUCCCAAGCCUGGCCGCGCUCGUGGAGUGAUAGAGCGGCCUGACCCGUACCAGGUGGAAGUGGAGCUCGGGGAGACUGAGCCCGGGCCUCAUCUGCAACACAUCAGCGACCGCGAAUUCCCGGAUGACAUUGCCCCGGAGUCUAACCCAUCCGACCAUGCAAGAGCAAGCACAAUAUUUCUCAGCAAGUCCCAGACUGAUGUGAGAGAAAAGAGGAAGAGCAACCAUAUAAAUCAUGUCUCUCCUGGGCAGCUUACAAAGAAGUAUAGCUCAUGUUCCACAAUAUUCCUAGAUGACAGCACAGUCAGUCAGCCUAACCUCAGAAGCACAAUUAAAUGUGUUACAUUAGCAAUAUAUUACCACAUAAAGAACAGGGAUUCCGAUAGAUCCUUGGAUAUAUUUGAUGAAAAACUACAUCCUUUAACACGUGAAGAAGUAACGGAUGAAUACUGUAAACAUGACCCAGAUCAUAAGCACAUUUACCGGUUUGUACGGACUUUGUUUAGUGCAGCCCAGCUCACAGCCGAGUGUGCAAUAGUCACUUUAGUUUACCUGGAAAGACUUUUGACUUAUGCUGAAAUUGAUAUAUGCCCCUGUAACUGGAAGAGAAUUGUAUUGGGAGCUAUCUUGCUGUCUUCUAAAGUUUGGGACGAUCAGGCUGUGUGGAAUGUGGACUACUGCCAGAUACUAAAGGAUAUUACUGUAGAAGACAUGAAUGAAAUGGAGAGACACUUCCUUGAGCUCCUGCAGUUCAAUAUUAAUGUCCCUGCCAGUGUAUAUGCCAAAUACUACUUUGACCUGCGAUCUCUAGCAGAUGACAACAACCUUAAUUUUCUUCUGGAACCUUUGAGCAAUGAAAGGGCACAGAAACUUGAGGCUAUCUCCAGGCUGUGUGAAGAUAAGUACAAAGACAUGUCUAAAGCUGCAAUGAGAAGGUCUAUCAGUGCUGACAACCUAGUGGGGAUUCGACGUACUAAUGCCAUCAUUUCCUGAUGCAAGUUCAACAGGCAUGAGGCACAGCUGCAACAUUAUUGGCGUGCAACAUGGAACUGCAGGCACUACCAAGCUUCCCACACACUCUUGUGUACACUAUUUUGAGCCAGCAGUGUCUUCCAGCACAAAGGUUGUGGGGGGCAAGAGAAAGUGAAUCCAGGGAUGCUGCAAGCCCUUCUCAAAAACUAGCAUACACCAUGGGAACAGAGAAGAGGGUCUAGUAAAAAGCAGCACAGCUGUUUUACACAGGAUAAGUGGUGUAUCAAAAGUGAAAUCCUUUUCUCAGACAUCCCUCAACCCACCUACAUUUGUAUGCUUACUGUGUAGGCCUAUAGCUGUGACUGAUACUUUUUAACACUAUAUAGAUUGACAUUUUAGGAGCUAAAACACUAAUUGUGUAUUUUUUUUUUAUUGUCAUAUUUUUGUCCUGUUGUCCCGCUUUUUAUUUUCUAUCAUUUUGACUUCAGCUAUCCAUGAUGAUUUAAUCUGCAUUUUUCCAAACCACGCAAAGCCAUAGCUGAGCAA